UCAGGGUGCCGGGACUGCAUUGGAAAAGGGGAGCCUUGGAGGCCCUUCUCUGAACCCCUUUUCCCAGGAGAGUGAAGGGGCUACCUAGCCAGCGUCAUCCGUGCCUUCCCCAGGCCUGGGGGCUGUGCCAGGCCAGUGUCCUGCUUCCUUGUGAGACCUGGGCAGGCAAGAGAUAUUUCCCAGGCCAGCUCCUCGCUCACUCCCACGGUUUCUCUCAGGGAGCCCCUGCUGCCGGGCACCAUGACAGUGAGGGGGGCCGCACUGGCCCCAGAUCCAGUGUCGCCCACGAUGGCGGCAGCCUCGCCCAGCGUCUCCGAAGUCCCCGAGGGCAGCCCCACAGCCAUGGAACAGCCCGUGUUCCUGAUGACAACUGCCGCGCAGGCCAUCUCCGGUUUCUUUGUCUGGACGGCACUGCUCAUCACCUGCCACCAGAUCUACAUGCACCUGCGCUGCUACAGCUGUCCCAACGAGCAGCGCUACAUCGUGCGCAUCCUCUUCAUCGUGCCCAUCUACGCCUUCGACUCCUGGCUCAGCCUCCUCUUCUUCACCAACGACCAGUACUACGUGUACUUCGGCACCGUGCGCGACUGCUAUGAGGCCUUGGUCAUCUACAACUUCCUGAGCCUGUGCUAUGAGUACCUCGGGGGAGAAAGCUCCAUCAUGUCCGAGAUCCGGGGGAAGCCCAUCGAGUCCAGCUGUAUGUAUGGCACCUGCUGCCUCUGGGGAAAGACGUACUCCAUUGGGUUCCUGCGGUUCUGCAAGCAGGCCACCCUGCAGUUCUGCGUGGUGAAGCCGCUCAUGGCUGUCAGCACCGUGGUCCUCCAGGCCUUUGGCAAGUACCGGGACGGUGACUUUGACGUGGCCAGCGGCUAUCUGUACGUGACCAUCAUCUACAACGUCUCCGUCAGCCUGGCCCUCUACGCCCUCUUCCUCUUCUACUUCGCCACCAGGGAGCUGCUCAGCCCCUACAGCCCCGUCCUCAAGUUCUUCAUGGUCAAGUCUGUUAUCUUCCUCUCCUUCUGGCAAGGCCUGCUCCUGGCCAUCCUGGAGAAGUGCGGGGCCAUCCCCAAGAUCCACUCAGCCCGCGUGUCGGUGGGCGAGGGCACCGUGGCUGCCGGCUACCAGGACUUCAUCAUCUGCGUGGAGAUGUUCUUCGCGGCGCUGGCCCUGCGGCACGCCUUCACCUACAAGGUCUAUGCCGACAAGAGGCUGGACGCGCAAGUGCCAACGUAUGGUCCUUACGGCCGCUGCGCCCCCAUGAAGAGCAUCUCCAGCAGCCUCAAGGAGACCAUGAACCCGCACGACAUUGUGCAGGACGCCAUCCACAACUUCUCGCCCGCCUACCAGCACUACACCGCCCUGGCACGGCGGCGCCCACGGCCUCUCACGCUCCCACAGCCUCAGCGGCGCCCGCGACACCGAGAAGACUCUCUUGCUGAGCUCUGAUGACGAGUUCUGAGCGUGGCUGCUGCUGGGGAGGGGCCAGCAUGUAGGCCAGGGCAGGUGCGCCCCUCCGGCCUCAGGCCCAGGCCCGAGGCGGCUGCCAGGGCUUUGGCAUUGCCUUUAAUUUAUUGGACCAGAGCGCUCACAUAUCGCUUCCAGAGGGACCGCCAGUCCUCUGCCCAGAGGACAGCCCAGGCUCACCCCGGGCCUUCAGGCACAUUUCCACACGCCACGCUGCACGCCCGGCGAGGAGCAGGGGUCACUGGGAGCCGCUCCCAUGCCUGUGCGGCUCGGCUUGUCCUGGUGGCGGCGUGUUGGGACCAGCCGGGCCCCAGGCCCUGACGCUUGUGUUGCUGACCAGUGGCCACAGCCUCUCAGCUCUGUCCCCAGCUCAUGGCCCUCCCCGCGAGACUCACAGCCCCUCCCCAACACUGCACUGCAGCUCUGCCCCCUCUUCCUCCGCCCCCUUGUGCUGAUUAGCUCCUCUGGCAGGAGGAGGAGGAGGAAGAGGAGGGAGGAGGGAGGAAGCUGUCUGUGGAGCCCCUCCUGACCCGGCCUGCCUGGCCUGCUGCAAGGCUCAGCCAGACGCCAGGAGCCACAGGUCCCGCUAGGACGGUGCUCAGGUGCCUCUGGGCCCCUCUCCUGCGGAUGUGGCCUGUCCACGUGAGGUCCCUGCGUCCCCCGGCUGCCCUUGCUGUGGCUGCACCUGUCACAUGCCCCUCCCCCCUGGCCUGCGGAGGACAGCGGCAGCCCCCACUGCCCCUCUCCUGGGUCUGCCUUGAGAGCAUUUGGGGCAGAGCCCUUACUGCCUGGCUGCUCAGAGGGUCAGGGGCUCCCACCUUCCUUCCUGGCUGAGUGGUCAGACCUUUGCUGGCCCCGACCAUUGCUGGGGCUUCUCCCUC